AUGGCUACUCAGACUCCCGUUUCCAGUAUUGCUAUGGCCCUUGCCGGCAAGACGGCCUCUGUUGAUAUCCCCAAACCGCGCUCCGGUCGCCCUACUAUGCUCCCCACUCCUCCCCACUCCAUCUCCCCUAACCUUCCUCCUCACGGCUUCCGGGCACGCGAGUCCGGCGCCCUUCUGUCGCCCCCUCUUGCGACAUCCCACGUCGACUCGGAUAUCGAUCUUGGCGACUCCGCUGAUCACGCGAACUCGAGCCGGCGCGAUGCGACUGCCGCCAGCCUUGAGGUCGCCGGAGCGAUUACCCCGGGCAUGCUGGCCAAGUACCACUUGCCUGAAAUUUUGCUUCAGCAUGGCCCCCUGGCAAUCCGCCAUGUCAUGGGCUACCUGACCACCUCGGUUCCUGGUUUCUCUGGCAUACCCCCUGCGAAAGCUAGGAGACUAGUCGUCGCCGCGCUGGAAGGUCGAGGAAGUGACGAUAAGAGUGAGGUUGUCUAUGAAAAGGUCGGAUGGGGUCGUUGGGAUGCGCGUCGCCGCGGUGAACCGUCUCGAGAUUCGCCUCGGCACGAGAUGUCGCCCCCUUCGAGUUUGUCCGAUACCUACCAGCGAGGCGUGCAGAUUCCGAGAAGGGAUAGCUUGUACCCUUGCAGCUCCAGCGUGGCAGACUCUGCUGUUUUCUCGUACACCGAAAUGGAAUUCGGUGGACGCGACGACAUGCUGGAGCAUGAGGCCGAUAAAAUGUCUCUAGACGGAAUGGACCGCGAAUACUGUUCUUCAUCCCCUGCCCCAGAUGACGAGAUUCCUGACGGGGAUUGGGGCGAAGAAGACGUCACAGACGAAGAGGAUUGGGCACAGAUAGGCGCUGCGGAACUCCGCGUGCGAUCUAUGAACGGAGGGGGAGGUUUCGUGAACGGCAGACUUCCGCCACAGCUCCACGGUGGCGGACCUGUUUCGUCGUCCCUCGCCAAAUCCGCACCGCGCGCAGUUCCCAUCCAGCAGCUUGGCUUCUCGGUGCCCGACAGUCAGGAGCGAGCUGCGGUCGAGGCCCUACUACGACUUGGAUCUAUGUAA